CUCCUUCUCCACCUCUUUCUCUUCCACUCCUUUCCUCUUUCCUCCAUCCCUCACUCCCUGCCUGCCUUUCAGAAAUCCCACAUAUCCCUUGAGGAUAAGAUGCCAUGGAGGCCACAGGAAGAACAGCACUCUUCAUUUGCUCUGUCCAUUUCAUCCUAAGAGAGGUCAACUCCGAUUUCAUCCACAUCCCUUCAUUAGUCCAUCAUGGCAUUGAAGGGAAGUCACUGCUCCUGUCUGUGGAGACUCGCUUUCCACUGGACGACGCUGAGAUCCAGGGAACUUGGUCCCACACCAGGCCGAGUGGCACCAGGACCAUGUUGGUGUCGUUUACCAAAGAGGCCACGAUCACUGACAUGAUGUACCGCAACCACCUCCACUUCAGAGAACCCAAUGUGUCUUUGCUAAUCCAGAAAUUAGACCAGGGCGAUGAAGGGGAUUAUCAUCUGAGUCUUAACAUAGAGUUUCAUAAUAAGACAGGACUGGUUAUCAAGGAGGAGAGAACUGUGCAUGUGACAGUGGACGUCCCUGUGUCCACUCCAGUCAUUGAGCAGAACCCACCCUACGCGGUUGUUGAGGACAAGGCAAACGUAACCUGGACUUGCUCUGUUGAGAGAGGAACAAGAGUUGAGUUUCAGUGGCUGAGGGAUAACAUCACGUUGGGUCGUAGUGACAGAUGCCACUUCUCCCAAGACAACUCUACAUUUUUAAUAAGUCCUGUGAGGAAAGAGGACAAGGGAAUUUAUCACUGUGUUGCCAGAAACCCAGUCAGUCAGGGUCAACACAGCAUUGGCGUGGAACUCAAUGUUUACUAUGGCCCCUACAAUCUGGAGGUGAAUUCAGGCCAGGGCCUGCGGACAGGGGAGGUGUUCACCAUCAACCCAGGAGAGCUGGCUUUCUUCGAAUGCCAGGCUGAUUCCAACCCACCCAACAGCUACGUCUGGAUCUCAAAGAGCCGCAAUUCAACUCAGAUCAUCACUGAGGGCCCGCGGCUAGAGGUGCGGUCCUACAGAUUGGCCCAGGCGGAAGAGUACCUGUGCCGUGCCUUCAACAAUGUGACUCAGAAGCAGGACGAGGCCCAGUUUACUCUGGUGGUGGCCAGCUUAGGAACAGGGAAAGAGAAGCACACCCAGGAGGGCAGCUCAGUUUCUCCGCUGGCAGCCAUUACUGUCUGCUCUUUGUUCAUCAUUGGCUGUAUGCUGCUUAUCUUCCUCAAGAGAACCUGCCAUCCUAAGAGAGUGCUUAUGAACAUUUACAACAGACCACUUUCAGAGCAGAAAAGACCUCAUCUUUCAGGUCACGAGGAUGCAACAGAAGACUUUGGCAUAUACGAGUUUGUCUCCAUACCUGGGAAAAUUGAAUCUGCACAGGUGUCAUGCAGAUCUUUGUCCCGCCUCGAGUCAGUUCAGGAUAUGCACACCACCAUCUAUGAUGUGAUCAGACAUGUUCCUGAAACCCCCAGUCACAGUUUGCUGAAGUAACUUCCAGCCAGGAGAGUUGAGAUGUAACUUAAAGUCAUUUCACUUGAAGACUCUUGUGUAGCUUUAUUUUCAAAAGCCUCUGUUAUCAAAGCCUGAAACACUGGUUUUGGUGGCCCACUUUUUUGCACAAGGGAUUAAGGAGACUAGUGUGAGUACACAACCUGAUCAUGCACUGCUAUCGUCCAGUAUGUCUUUUGCUGACCUUAUUGUGAGAUGAAAAUGUAUGUAUGAGUACUUGAUUUUUAUAUUUGAAGGUAUAACUGAAUCUUAUAUCUUAUUGAAACAAGCAAAUUAUUAGUAGCCAACUUUACAUUAUUUUGAAGAUCUUAUAAAAUACCUACAGGGUACCUAAACUCCUCCACCUUGAUUACUAUUUAAAACAUCUGUUUAAUUUUAAAUACUAAAGUUUUAUUUGCAAGUUCAAUAAUCGCUUUCUAAUUUAACAUUUCCCCCCAAAGAAGACAAGUGUUAUAAUGAAUGGAUUUUCUUGUACGGAAUAUAUUUAGGCUAAAUGUAUAUAUUGUACAUGGACUACACUGCAGAUUCUUUAUACAUAUUAUUCUAUAUCUAUGUUUUGCUGAAAUUUAUUUAUUCCUGUAGAAACUCUAAACCCUGUUUCCUCAAAUGUAGCAUUU